CCCAUACUUUGGAAUUAUGAAACUAUUAAAAAUCGUGACGGGCAAUUUUCUUCAAAAAACUGUAAAGUAAGACACGUCUAAUCAUUUGCUAAGUUGAUCUUGAAAGUAAAUGGUUUGGGAAACAGUGAAAAAAGAGAUGACAAUCACCAGAAUUUUAUUAGCGGUAGUGGCGAUACUUCUGUGCAUUUACUUGGCUUUUGGACUUCCCCACGGAACUGAAAACGUUAAAGAGAAUAAUGAACAGGGGCUUGAGAUGCUAAAUUGGGUUCGUGAAUAUUUAGAGAGAAACGCAUCUCAACCAACACAUCCUCAAGCACUUAACAGCUCCAUUCCCACGAGCACCUCUAAACCUCGCAAAUUCUAUUCUAUUGCCCCUCCAAUCAAAAAACCUGAGGAUGAAACCCAAAACACAAAACAUAAUAAUUUAAAUGUUGGCAACAAUACUCAUACCACAUCGUCACCUCAUUCGAUAAAUGCAAACACGAACUCCUCGGAACCAGAGCUAGAUCUUAUUUUUGUAUUUGACGUCAAAGACCAAUCAGAACACAAAGAUGAACCAGAACACAGAGAUCAAUCAGAAUACAAAGAUCAAUCAGAAUACAAAGAUCAAUCAGAAUACAAAGACACGAUACUUGAUGUAAAAAAUAGAGGUACAAAGCACGUUGAUAAAAUAAUGCUAAAUCAUGUGAUUUUCUCUAAAACGGUCCGAGUGAGUAAAGUGGAAGAAGUGUUCGAAGAUCUAGUAGCUCAAAAUGUCAGACGCAUCAUAAAAGAAGACAGGGCAGAAAAAAUAGAAAUAUCAAGAAAUAAAGAAACGGAAACGAUAGGAGAUGAAUUUGGUAUUAAAGAUCUUCUUUCGCUAUAGAUUGAAAAAUAUUUUGUAUAAUUUAAAGCAUAUUUAAAUGCUAAAUAAUGCACUUAUAGCCCACGUGCUCAUUAGACUUUAUCUGUACUUGUUUUCUAGAAAUAAAUCCUAAAAGUUAA